GCACUCCACCACUUUAGGACCGGGAAACGCGAGGGCGGAAAUCCCCUCGCUCCUUGGAAGGUGGGGGAGGAGACGGUGGAAGGAGUAACCGGUAGCGUCGCCACGGCAACGGCGCUCAGCAUCCGCCGGCGGCGGAGAGGUGUGGCAGGGGGCGGGGAAUUUAAACCGGGAGUCCCCGCCCUCGGCCUGCUGGGCAGCGGCGACCUAGCAAAGGUUUGAAACCUUUUGGCGGCGUCGGCAGCGGGGGCGUUGGCGGCGGAGCGGAAGGCUUGCAGAUUGGAAAUGGAGAGUGAAGAAGAAAAAUGGGAAAAGCUGGAUGUAGAAUUUGAUCACUUUGUGGUAGAUAUGAAGCCCUUUGUUCUAAAAUUAUCCCAUAGGUCAGAACGGCAAAGGUGUGCUCUUUGGAUUAGAAAGCUGUGUGAGCCUUCAGGAACAGGUGCAGGAAUAAUGGGCAGGAAGAAUCGGAACCUGUAUGCGAAAUUGUUACUGCAUAUGCUUAAGCGGGGAGUGCUUGAAGGCCCUUUUAUGCAUCGUCCUGAACCAGGGACACUAAAAACGUUACCUUCAUACAUGUCCAUCUACUUUGAUGAACCAAGUCCAGCAUGUACAAAACGUUCAAGUCCAGAGAGAUUACCUGACUGGGUAAUGGGUGAGCUGGAGACAAGUGAACACAAAUUAAGUGAAUCAUGGAAACCUUCUCCUGGAGAAGAUAACACUUUGGUGCUGUCUCCAACUGAUGCUCACAGUAAAGAACAGUACACUGGGAAGCUACAAAGGAGAUCUCAGUCUAUGAGUGCAACUUGCAAAGAAGAUGGGCAAAGUAUUAUCCCAAAGAAUUGUGAAAUUCAUUUGAAAAAAUCUCCUGUUUCUUUGGAUGACGGUGACAUUGAAGCUCGCCUUAAUAGUUGGAACCUCGGGAUAGAAAAUCCCCGGUACCUGAGACAGACGCCUAUCCCAACUUCUCUGAUGACUCCCAAAUUCAGCUUGAGAAAAUCCAGCAGUCUUCAUGAUGAUCAUUUUCUCUCUCGAAUGCAUGAAAAAGAGUUGGACAUGAAAAUAAAAAUGGUGGAAGCAAAAUUUCAUGAAGAAAAACUUAAGCUACAACAGAAACAUGAUGCAGAUGUUCAGAAGAUUUUAGAAAGAAAAAAUAACGAAAUAGAAGAACUGAAAACUUUGUAUAAGAAGAAACAAAAUGAAACUGAGGAGACUAUAAGAAAGCUUGAAAAGAAAGUUCAGACCCUUGUACGUGACUGUCAAGUUAUCAGAGAAACUAAAGAAAACCAGAUUGCAGAGCUAAAAAAGAUAUGUGAACAAAGUACAGAAUCUCUAAAUAAUGAUUGGGAAAAAAAGCUCCAUAAUGCUGUAGCAGAAAUGGAAAAAGAAAAAUUUGAGCUUCAAAAGCAACACACUGAAAAUAUUCAAGAAUUACUGGAGGAUACAAAUGUGAGACUAAAUAAAAUGGAGGGUGAAUACAUGGCACAAACACAGUCCACAAACCAAAUGGUCAAAGAACUGGAGGCCCGUGUCCACCAGCUUACUGGAGAAGCAGAGAACAGUAAUUUACAGAAGCAGAAAUUAAUUCAAGAAAAAUCAGAGCUUGAAAGAUGUUACCAGAUAACAUGUAAUGAAUUACAAGAAAUGAAAGCAAGGCAAAACAUACUGCAUAAAGAGAAAGAUCAUCUUAUGAAUAAUUAUGAGCAAAAGAUGAAACUAUUACAAACCAAAUAUGAUGCUGAUGUAAACAUUCUGAAACAAGAAAAUGCUCUUUCAACUUCUAAGGCAUCUGGUAUGAUUGAAGAAUUAGAACAGAACAUCUGUCAAUUAAAACAGCAGUUAAAGGAAUCAGAACUUCAAAGAAAGCAGCUAUUAAAGGAUCAAGAAAAUAAGUUUCAAAUGGAGAAAAAUCACUUAACGUGUACCUAUGAGAAAAAGGUUCAUGAUGUGCAGUUUGAACUUGAUAAAGAAAAAGAAGAUACUCAAAAGAAAUUUCAUAAACUUGAGGAAACUUUGAAGGAAAAAGAAGAGCAGCUCACUCGUGUAACUGAAGUUCAGAGGUUGCAGGCCCAGCAGGCAGAUGCUGCUCUGGAGGAGUUUAAGCGGCAGGUGGAACUGAACUCAGAAAAGGUCUAUGCCGAAAUGAAAGAGCAGAUGGAAAAAGUGGAAGCAGAUCUAACAAGAUCCAAAUCCCUUCGUGAGAAACAGUCAAAGGAGUUCUUAUGGCAGCUAGACGAUGUGAAACAACGAUAUGAACAGCAGAUAGUAGAGCUGAAGCUGGAGCAUGAACAGGAGAAGACGCACCUAUUACAGCAGCAUAACGCAGAGAAGGAUAGCCUAGCCCGAGACCAUGAACGGGAAAUUGAAAACCUGGGGAAACAGCUUCGCGCUGCCAAUAUGGAGCACGAAAAUCAAAUUCAAGAGUUCAAGAAACGAGAUGCACAGGUCGUUGCCGACAUGGAGAUACAGGUUCACAAGUUGAGGGAGGAGCUGAUUAAUGUGAACUCCCAGAGGAAACAGCAGCUGGUAGAGCUUGGUCUCCUUCGAGAAGAAGAAAAGCAAAGGGCUGCGAGGGACCAUGAGGCUGCUGUCAACAAACUGAAGGCUGAAUCAGAAAAGAUGAAAAUAGAGCUGAAAAAGACACAUGCUGCUGAAACAGAGAUGACUCUGGAAAAGGCCAACAGCAGGCUGAAGCAGAUUGAGAAGGAAUAUGCCCAGAAGCUUGCCAAAUCUUCACAGAUCAUAGCAGAACUUCAGACAACUAUUUCCUCUCUGAAAGAAGAGAGCAGCCGGCAGCAGCUUGCUGCAGAGAGGCGGCUACAGGAUCUUAUACAGAAGUUUGAAGAUGAGAAGAAGCAGCUGAUUAGAGAUAAUGACCGGGCAAUCAAGGUUUUACAAGAUGAACUAGAAACCCGCUUUAAUCAGGUGCGAAGUAUGGAGAAAAAAUUACAACACAAAGAAUUGGAGUCACAGGAACAGAUAACAUACAUACGGCAAGAAUAUGAAACAAAAUUCAAAGGGUUGAUGCCAGCAUCUCUAAGACAAGAACUUGAAGACACAAUUUCCUCCCUGAAAUCACAGGUUAACUUUCUGCAAAAGAGAGCAUCUGUCCUCCAAGAAGAGCUGAUGACAUACCAAGGCAGAAGGUAACUGCCUGAGAGAAUGCGAUGGAAGCAAUUGUCCAGGCUGCCCUGAGGACUUCUUCUAGCAGGUUUGAAGAGUUGGAUAUCGUAAAGUGAACUAUGAGAUCAGUGGCAUUUUUAAAUGCUUACAUGUAAUAAGGUCAUAAAAACAUGCAUCAUUUACAUCAUGGGAUGGUUUUGUGUCUGCCUACAUUAUUUUUUAAUGUCUCUUUAUUUCUGAUUUCCAUGUUUGUGUGCCUUUGAGUGUGUUCUGAAAAAUUGCUUAUA